UGUAUCGAAUCAUACACAAAUCAACCAUCCUUUAGAGUACAAACAACCAGCUUCCUUCUAAGCCUAGAGCUGUUUUCUUCUCAAAUCGACCCCCCAGUCAUCAUCCGUGUGUCGAAGAGCAGGAGUUUUCCUCAUCACGUCAACAACAUCGACGACAACAGCAUCCAGUGAAAUUUUGUUUUCCAGUGUUCUACCGAGUGAACCGUAAUCAAAAAGCAAUCAUGAAGGUUUUCGCCGCCGUCGCCGUCAUCUCGCUGGCCGCCCUGGUCGUCGCCGAGCCCCCGUCCCCGUACAGCAACUACCAGCAGGGCGGUUCCCAUGGGAAUAACGGUUACAACUAUAACGCAAACGGCAACGGCUACAACUAUCCAUCUGCCCCAUCCACCCAGUACGGAGCCCCGACUGGUGCCGGAGCAGGCGGUGCCGCCGGUUACAACUAUGCCGACGCCAACGCCAACGCCGAACCCGCCAAGUACAGCUUCGAGUACCACGUUCAGGACUUCCAAUCUGGCAACGAUUUCGGACACAUGGAAUCUCGCGAUGGAGACCGCACCACCGGCCGCUACUUCGUCCUGCUGCCCGAUGGCCGCAAGCAAGUUGUGAACUACGAAGCUGACCAGAACGGAUACCGCCCAACCAUCUCCUACGAAGACACCGGUGCCGGAGCCGGCGGUUACCCAAACAGCCAGCAGGGAGGAUUCCAGGGAUACUAAGGUAACGCGAGCGAUCCAACACCAUCAUGACAACCCCAACAAACCACUCAAGUUAUUAGGAACGAAUUUAAACUCUAGUUAAUUAUUUGUUUAGUGAAUUAUUCUCACUCUUCCUACCUUUCUACUACCUAUCCCACCAACCCACCGGUUGGUAGUUGGCCAGUACUUUCCAACACUAUUCCAAAGCUAUUGAUCUUCACCGGCUCCACCUGUGAGCGAACACCAAAAACUUCAUCACUAAAACAAACAAAAAUUUUGACCACUGGCAUCGAACACUGGAAAAACGAUUUCAAAAUGCGACCACAAACGUAUUAGAACACGAUACAAAUUUUUAUUUGCGCUUUUUCAAGAAGCUUAGUCCGUAAGCGAACUGCUUUUUUAUAAGGAAGCACCUUCGGAAGCUCGGUUCGAGCUUUCCCUGGUGCAAAGAAUCGAAAAAAAUCCAGUCAAUCCAACGAUUGGCGACCAAAAAAAUACCCUAGGUUAACGAAAAGCAAGCAACUAAAAAUGUGUGAGGAAAACGAUGAUUAACUGCCAUACAAAAACAACAACAUCUAGCAAAGCAAAAACAUUAAAAAAAAACGAGGUUCAUCGAUCGCCCUCAAACAACACCACACAGUGGGCGACGCGAUGACACCUGUCGUGCAAAGCAAACAAGAACAAACACCAAGAAGAAAACCUCUGUAAAUAAGUAAGCGUUAUUUGUACAUUUUAUUAUUUUUUUUUUGUUUUAAUUUUCUUUCUUUUUGUAACUGUAACAUAACAAAUGCAAACAAGAAGCGAAGAAAAGUAAAAAUAAACAAACGAAGGCAACACGAUCGGCACUCCCAGCUAUCUUGGGAAAAGGGCGGAAUACCACCACUGCAGGUAACGCAAACGGUCUGCCAGCUGAGCGAUACGAUUUCGCACGCACAGUGUGGACGGAGCUUAAACGGAGCUCCGCCCAUUCUGGCGGUGAUGUCGGGAUGGCGAUGGCUGCGACCGUUCGCGUCCACCCAGUAGCGAUGGUAGCACCGUGUGAGGCAGCUCGGGAGUGGUUGAUUAUUUGUCGGCGAAUCAAUGAAAACAA